AUGAGGUUCUUCCUUGGAGCUGUGCUCGCCCUGGCCGCAGCAGCCAUCGCUGCGCUCGCUGUACCCAUGGAGAGGCGAGCUCAGUUCCCGGAUCCCAACGAGGACCCCUUCUACCAGCAACCGUCGAACGUGGCCACCUACGCCAACGGUCAGAUCAUCCGAUCACGCAAAGCUGACACCGACAUCGGCAACUCGAACAAGGCCCAAGCCUUUCAGCUUAGCUACCGCACCACCAACACGCAGCAGCAAGCUCAAGCCAACGUCGCUACCGUUUGGAUCCCUGCUAAGCCUGCCUCUCCGCCCAAGAUCUUCUCCUACCAGGUCUACGAGGACUCGACGCAGCUCGACUGUGCUCCAAGCUACAGCUACCUGGCCGGUUUUGAUCCUCCCAAUAAGGCUACUACCAUCCUUGAUACUUCGCUCAUCAUCGGCUGGGCGCUUCAGCAGGGUUACUACGUCCUCUCCUCCGAUCAUGAGGGCCCUCGAGCUGCCUUUAUUGCUGGUUACGAAGAGGGUAUGGCUAUCCUUGACGCUAUUCGUGCUUUGCAGAACUUCAGGCAUCUGCCAAAGGACAGCCCCGUUGGCAUGUAUGGUUAUUCGGGAGGCGCCCAUGCUACUGUUUGGGCAGAGUCGCUUGCUGGAUCCUAUGCACCUGAGAUCAACAUCAUCGCUACUGCCCACGGUGGCACCCCCUUCAGUACAAAGGACACUUUCACCUUUAUCAACGGCGGUGUCUUUGCUGGUUUCGCUAUUGCUGGUGUCUCCGGUUUGGCCCUUGUUCAUCCUGCUAUGCAAGCUUACAUCAAGCCUCGGUUGAAUGCUCAAGGCGUCAAGGUGUUUCAACAGAUUCGAAGUCGUGCAUUCUGCAUCGCUCAAGUCGUUUUCACCUACCCUUUCACCAACGUUUUCAACCUGGUCAACGGCACCGACUUGCUCAAUCAAGAACCGAUCCGUUCCAUCCUCAAACGAGAGACUCUUGUUCAAUCCGAAGCCUCUUGCGAUGUUCCUGUUGUCCGUGCACCUCGUUUCAUUUGGCACGCCGCGCUCGAUGAGAUCGUUCCGUAUGCACCUGCCGCUCAGUAUGUUAAAGAGCAAUGCGACAAGGGUGCACAAAUCCAUUUCGAGACAUAUCCUAUCGCCGAACACUUCAGCGCAGAGUUCUUUGGCCUUGUUCCUGCUCUCUGGUUCCUUAGCCAAGCCUACGCUGGGAAAGCUGCCAAGACGGUCUGCGGAACUAGCAUUCCUGCCAUUCCUGGCUUUACCGUUCCCUCUGCAGAGGAGGUCUUGGGUGCCGACCUUGCUAAGCAGCUUAAGGGCUUGAGCGCCAAGGAUUUGAGCGCCAAGGAUUUGAGCGGCAAGCACUUGCCGGCUUUGUGA